AUGUUUGGAUGGUCAAAUAGUUCAAUAAAAAAUGUAUCAAAAUGUGCUUCAUAUUGGAGAAAUUAUAAAGAUGAAAAAGGAGAAAAAAAAUUUCACAUUCUUUAUUACGUUGCACCUGUUUUUCCUUAUUUUUAUUAUCCUUUAUCAGCUGAAAAUUUAACUGAAAGUUUUAUUCCAUUUCUACAAGAAUUUGGUGUUUUAUCAUCUUCUUUGGCUUCGAAUGAGAAGAAACCUUUAGUUAUUGCACACGCAUUUUCAAAUGGUGGAACAAUGGGAAUGGUUGCAUUAAUAAAUGCUUGUAAAAAACACAAUUUCAAUUUGAGUUAUGACGCAGUAAUACUUGAUUCUGGACCUGGAACUACUGGAGUAUUUGGGCUUUACAAAGUUUAUACUGUUGCUGAAACUAAUUUAUUAAAGAAAAUUUUAAUUUUCAUAAUUGUGGAAAUUUUACUUUUCUUUGGUUAUCCAAUUUUGUUAAUUUUAACCGAGGGAGGAAGGAAUAAGGACACAAUAGCAAGAAUAGGUACAGCAUGCCCAAGACUUUUUAUUUAUUCCAAAGCUGAUAAAUUGAUUCCUUACAAGAAAAUAGAAGAUAUAAUUGAAAAAAGUAAAAGAUCGGGAUUCAAGACUACGACUUUAAGAUUUGAAGAUAGUGAACAUGUUAGACAUUGGUUAACUCAUAAGCAAGAAUAUGAAAAAACUCUAGAUAAUUUUUUAAUCAAUAAUAAUUUAUUACUUGAGAAAUAA